CGUGACUGGUUGCAAACGUCCCUUGCCUUUGGUCACUCCACUCGGGUUCCCACAUUGACCGGUCAUCGAACCAUGGAGCCGCCAGCAACAGGCACAUCUUCUGCCCCGACCUAUGACCAGCAAAGAAUCCAUGCAGCCCUGUUGUCGGUUAUUCGGCAGGUGAGAUAUCUUAUGUGUACGGAGGCUCAAAUUCGGGGUCAUCUCAGAACUCCAACGCGUCAAAACAAGAAUGACAACUUUGGAUUCGACCAUAAUUCCCCGGUGCAGGAACAAUGAGGCUUACUACGCCCAUCCAGCAGCUUCUGCUCGUCCUAUUGCUUUACAGUAUAUUACGCAAUAAUGCGAUAUAAUUCCUUCAGGGAGAGGUGAUGUGUCCAAGUCCCUCCCGUCCAAGUCCCUCCCGUCCAGCACGGAAGCAAGAUAUAUAUAUAUUCAGUGACCAUCGUUAUCAUCAAGGGUGACUAGCAGGGUGCGUGCUACACCCUUCUCCUCGAUUCAAUACCCAGAGACCGAAAUCACAUCUCAUCGACUUGCAUAUUGGUUCUAUCGGGCGAUGCAGGUGGGUGAAUUUCGUAGUUCUUCGCAGGGGAAGAUGAGGGACGGAAAUAAUCGUCAUUUGAAUGCGCAUCGUGUGCUCCGACUGUAAAGUCUCGCGUGCGAUAGGCUGAACAAAGCCGGUCAGACUCAAUCUCCCGCCAGCGACGUAUCUGUCCAAGCUACCCGAAGCUUGGAUUCCACAAUUCUGCACGCCGCAACUUAUCCGGGGAGUCUCCAUAUGCACGGGACAACAGCCCAGGAAGCUAACCGACAGGCGGUUGCAUACAUUCUGUGAUGGUUGUUGCUGCCCCUUCCGUUGUCUUACCUGAUCGGUUACAUGGUUCGUGCCCCGGCCAAGCAAUAUGACCAUUAUGUAAGAUGGCCUUCAUUUGGCUGGCUCGCGCGUUCGUGGACACAGGUCACGCCACGCGCGCGACCCCCACAAACCUUCACUUCUACCCGACGCGUUCCAACGAUACUGCGCGUCACUGACCAGGCAUGUCAUCGCAUAUUUUCGUUCAACGUCCGGAACCCUCAAGAUGAAGUUGUCUUCAUCUACACGAGAGACGGCCAAGCGUAAGGCUGGCGAGUACCCGGGUGCCGGGUGCCGGGUGCGAACCGCCCGCACAACGGGCUGUGACACCGGGCUGUCCGCGCGAUGCGUUUGCCCGAACGAGGAUGACCGUUUGCAUCCAGACAUGGGUAACCAUGAUCUUGAUCUUCCCCCAAUAAAUGGCCUCCAGCUGAAGUCGGGACUGUUGGUUGCAUCCACUCUCGCACCGCAAUCACAACAUGAACUGGGUCUUGUGCAAGCUUGGAGUGCACGCUCCCCUGGCCGCGAGGUAUGCGCACUUUCUGGAACGAGGCUCAGAGCACUCGCUGACAGCCAGCCUUGCGUACGAAGCGUCCCGGACCAAGAGGGCCGUAUCAACCACCGACGCGUCACAUCCGUGCCACGGGUCCCUGAUUCUCGGUCCCGCGGAGGCGCUAAUGCACGAGUCUCAUCGGCUGCACCGUCUGGCCGGUUACGAUGCCAACGUUGCUGUGGCACGCGUUCACGGACCUACCAUUGCCGACACUUCCGCGAUCCAAUAGCGUAUCUCCGUCGGACGGGCUGCGCAAACGCGAAGAUAUUGAAGGAGCGGAGUUGAUACUAUGGACCGUUCGAUUGCGGAAUUACUGGGCUAGAAGCAUGCUUCGGACCCGAAGUGACCGUUGUCGCGCGAGAAAUCGAUGUCGAUUAUGUUGGCAUGAGAACGUCCGUAAGAUCAAGACAUGUAAGGGAAAUCUGGUAAAGUAAUCAAACUUGGACGGGCGCCCGUCAAACAAGGGGCCGUUGGGACAUCGGUCAUCGGGAAUGACCACGGCCUUCCGCUAUUCUGGAGGCGACCCAUUGGACGUGGUUUCUGGAUGGUCCCGUAGUGUCGGCCACCGUUGUGUCAGUGUUCGACCACCGAUGACACGGCUCAACGUCAAGAUCCAGGAGCCGGAGGUCAUCACUCAAGCUGGGCUGAACGAUCGCCUUGACCUGGUUGCGGAUCGACUGUCGAGCACAAACUGGAGACAGUGAUUCGUUAGCAUGACUUCAUCGGACGCAUCAGCUUUUCCCAAACCUCAAAGAGGGUUCAUACCGCCGACCAACAUACUCCCCCGACGCGUAUUCAGGUAUGUCCUUAUCGUCUGUGCCACAUCCACAGACCCUGUCAUGAAUCGGACCCUCGUGCCGGGGUUCCGCGAGGGCUCAUUCUUGCGGUUUCGACGGUAGUAGAGGACGAAUCGGAGGAUCUAUCACGGUCAGCCUAUGGAUCGCGGGCUGGUCGGCGGUCGUGGUACCUUGAAUUCUUGGCGAUCGAGGUCCAGCAAAUGCUGCAUGUUCACCCACCGACGGUUAUCUAGACCGUGUUAGCUCAGCCCACCGUUCGGGGAGACAGGAUGCGGUGCUGCGACGCGCGGUACCUAAGUCCUCCAUUUGCCAAACCACGAUGAGCUUCCGGACCAUAGCGCGGUGCUGUUCACUCGCCAUGACCAGGGUCUGGAUGAGCGAAAAGACUCGCGCAAUCCCGAUAUCCUCUACGAUCAGUAGCACGAUCCCGAAGGGGGCCAGAUCCGGCGGUCGCCCAUACGGUCCCAGCACGAGCGCGCUGUGUGGAAUAUUGUGGAGAUGCUUGGCAUUAUAGAGCGCCGCCGCCAGUGCCGAAGACUGCGGGCGGGCCAGCACCCGUAGCGUUCGGUGACCCAUCGCAGUAUACCAGGACGUCCUCCCUCUCGAUCCAUGCCGUUGGCUGACAGUGGGCACGGCUGCAUCGCGUUCUGCCGCUGUCGCCACCUGUCUCAAUUCCACCCCUUGUUC